AUGGAGGGAGAACCAGAGGAGUCAGAUGAGGACGUUAAGGGAGAGGACAAGCCCACGGUACUCUGGGAGAAGUGCAUUCAACAGAGCAUCUUUGUGGACCUCAGUGAGGAUGAAAGUCUCCACCUCAGUGAUCUGGAGAGUUCUUUAGCUUUGCAUCUGUCCCGUGCAGGGUCUGCGGCCUCCGAGGCCAGCAUCCAUCUCAGUGGGAGUGCAGAGCUGUCAGCCUUGGAUGUCACUUCCUCGGAGUCCAGUGUUGUCAGCAGUCAAAGUGAGAGGGUGGUAGACAGCAAGACCAAGAGUAGCAUAUUGCAUGUGUCCGCCCAAAGACCAAACACUAUGCAAGAUGAGCCACCCUUAAAGCAGCAUCAUGAGGACCGAGGGCAAGAUACCAGCGACGAGGAUCACGAGGACCUACCUUAUGAUGGCGACCUCGGAAGCCCUUACUUCAACCAGACAGCUGACUCUGGUCAUAUGAGCUCUGAUGGAGGAGAAACGGUUCAUGGAAGUCCUGAUGUCCCUGCUUUGCUUGAUUGUAACACAAGGGAUAGAGAUGAUAUUAGUGGACGUCUGGUUUCCAUUGAGCGUAACGCUGAGAAACCAGCAAUUUUCUCACAAGAGGAUGCCAACAUGAAACAGGACAACUGUUUUGAUGCUUCCAACCCAGGUGAGGUUGGACCAUCAUGCCCUUAUCCUUCAGACAUUACCCAGGUGUUGCUGCGACACUUCUCCCAGGAGGAGCUGUUGCAGUCAGGUCGGCCAAUCGAGGCAGAGACUCUGCCGGAGGUGUCCCUACUGGAGAGCGUGGAUGACACAGUUUUUAGCUUGGCUCUGACAUACAACAGCACAGCAAUUAAAAGUAGCCACUCAGAGGGUCCUGCUUGUAUUUCUGAGAUUGAUCAGAGUUUCUGCUCUGACAGGACAGAUGAAAAAUCUGCAUCAAAAAAUUCAAGUUUAGAGAAAGAAGAAGAGAGGGGAAUUGAUAUUGUCACUUCUGCUGCUUCUAGCGGCAUUAUAUCCAGCCCUGCGAGUACAGACUCAGAGCAGGGCAGUGGCGAUAUGAGUGCUGCUGACGUAGAGGAGCAGGAAAAGGCUAAAGAGGAUGAUCAGGUUCAGAGAGUCCCACUUGUGCGCACAAGGUCCUUCAGUGAGAUGAAGUACGGCCAAGGCCAAGUCCAUUACCCCCUCCCUGACUUCUCCAAGGUUGCCCCAAAGGUAAAAAUCCCCAAAGCUCCAAGUGGUCCACCCAAGCCUGUACCCCAGAGCCCCAGCACCGUGCACAGAGCCCAGUCCUCUCCAGGUAUGUUAGAUGUGAUCAGCAGAGUCCUUGAGGAUACAGUCCAGCCAUCAGAGAAGCCUUAUGUCUUCAAAGACCAGGACAAACAGACUUCUCCAGCACUGGCGCAUCACCUGCAGGCUGAAUAUGAUGAAUUAGUAACCAAAAAAGCUGAGGCAGAAAACCUAAUCGAUCAAAUGAGAAUAGAAACCAACGCUCAGCCCUCCUCUAAACUGAUGCUUUACUUAGAGUGUGAUGAUGAUGAUGAUGAUGAUGAUCAGGGGAACUUAGUUGAGGGAAGCCAUCUUGGUCCCGUGGCUCCUCGCCUUCCCCCAACAGAAAGCUUUGGUGAAACAACCCCCCAAAGCAACAUGAAGGAAAUGAACACAGCUUCCUCCAGCCAGCCUGAGGAGGGCCCCAGUGACGGAGACACAAUGACUGCUGAGCUGACGGACAUCGUCAGCCAGUUCCUGCAGACGGUGGAAGAGUUCAAAUUGAGUGUAAGCAACAUGUCAGUCAACACAGCAGAACAGCAAAUGAUGUUGAGGAGCAUGAUGGAGGCUCAGGACCAACUGGAAAGAAAAUACAUCAGUAAGAAGGAGGAGCACAGAGCUCUGGAGAUGCAAAACUACAUGGGCUUGUCCAGGAACACUGGCACCUUUGAUCCAAACAGGUUGGUGGAGGGAGACAUAUUCAGAAUAGGGAUGCUCCUUGAGGACAUAAAGGAGAUGAUAGAUAAAAACGUGUGCGAGCAGAUUUCUCCACCGCCUUCAUCCUCCACUCCAACACCCAUGAAAGAGAUGCUGCAUGUGAAGCUCAGUCCUCUCUGCAUGACCACACCCUCACCCCCACCAUCUCUGCAUGAGGGUCCAAGUGCAGGUUUUUCCACUGUGGGUUAUGAGAUGGAGACACGGAAAGAGGAAGAAAGGGAGGAGGAAGUGGAGGACGUCAGUGAGAUCCAUGGAGAUGAUGGAUUGCAGUGGAGCAGUGAACUCAUAACAACUGACUCUUUGCUGAAAUAUACUCGCCAUAGCUACUGCCAGUCAAGGAGCUCACGGGGCUCUGUGGAGGGACUGGAGAUCCAGACAGCUGAGGCUGAAGAAGAUAGGAGCGCAUCUGAGGCGAUAGAUCACAGUGACAUCUUAGCAUACUUGAAUGGAGGCGGUUCAUCCUCAAGACGGAGGCAGUGGACACCUGACAGUCAUAGCAUCCCUGAUAGCGUCCCGAACCCGGUGGGUGAAUGUGAUCAGGGUGAUUCUGUGAGUCUGGCUGUGGAGGUCUCGUCUUCCUCUAAUGCACCCGGAGACUCAGACACCCACAGCCUCUCGGAGCCUCCUCUCAACACCUCAUCUGUAUCACAGAGGAUUGUGAGUCCAGAGACAGACAGUGGAUUUGGGAGCUCUUACUUGAAUCAAUCAGCCUCUGGAACGUUUCAACCAAAUCUACUCACAGAGAGUCUGCAGUCACCGAAUGAUGGUCUAAGUAGCUCAGACAGCGAGGGCUCUGGCUCCAACUUGCAGACAGCUAUCCACCCUGUCACCCAGCGGUGGGCCAGUCCGCACCCGUCUCUCCAGUCACAGUCCUGUGGUGCAGCAGCAGCAGUGGAGCGGUGGGUGGAGAGCACCACUAAAGAGCCUUCAGUCAGGCUGCAGGGACCUGAACGCAGUCUGCCUGCCCAGCUCCAUCACCACAUAUCUGAACCUGUUCUCUGCAAUACCAUGGACACAGAAGAAAGAGGCAGCCCACCGUACUCAUGCCCGUGUAAUAGUGAGGCUAUCCUGGCCUUACAGUCAGAGGUAUCCCGGCUUAAGAAGGACCUGGAGGAGGGCUUAGUCCAGCUGCCUCAUCUAGCACAGAAGAUGGACUAUCUCACCUCCAAAUACAGGCAGGAGCGUCAGGAGCGCAGGUCUAAAACCAGGUCAAGGACCCACCACAGAUCAGGCUGCAACAGUGUGUGGAAGCCAUCGAAUAGCACACAGAAUGUGAGUGAUCUUAGUUCCAGUCAGGUGAAGACAGAGGACUGGAUCUCGUCAGACAUGGACCCCAGCAAGAGCAAAGGUACAGACAGUGGUGACACAGCUGGCUCCGAGAUCAUGUUGCAGUCCCACAAUUCGCCUGUAGGGAGCAGGAGAGGCAGCAGCAGUGUGCGCUCCUCACCUGAGUUUCAGUAUAAACUUAAUGGAGCACAACAGUCCAACAGAGGGUCAGAGGGAAAUGGCUCAGUGAAAACUUUUGGUCUGACCAGCUCGAUUUUAAAAGGAGGGACAGCUUCUGACAGCCAUGCCAAGCUGAGACAAACCUCCACAGAGAGGUUUUACUCCAAGGAGAGGUGGUCUCUUUUCUCCUCUCCAUCUCUUCAGAAGCCCCUUCUCCAGGUCAGCUACGGCUCCUCCAGCAGCCUGCCUGCAAGCUACAAAGUGAGGGAGCCGCCUCUGCACUCCAUGUCCCAUCACAGAAAGCACUCCACCCAGUCAGACACGGCCCUCCUGCCCAGUAAUGUGUACUUCCAGCGGACGCCGUCCCCAGCGUCAGCGCCUUCAAAGACUGGCAGCAGAACAGGAAGACGCAGAGGGAGCAAGGAGGAAGACAUGAACAGGACUCUAGACCAGGCUAUUGAGGUAGCCCGCAACAUGAAGAGGACCACCGACCGAAUGGCCAAGAGGCUGUCAGCUGACCUGGCUAAGGCUCAGCUCCACAGGAAACUGCACCACAUGCAGCCACUAGAGGGCAGAAAACACCAUGAAUUAUAACAAACAGUACAGAUCAGUUUACUCUGUAAUCAUAAACCUGCCAGUCGCUGUGACACCUGA